AUGAUUCCAACCUCUUUCGAUGUCAAACUACUAUUGGCAUCUGUGUUGCUUAGAAGAGCCAGUUUUGGACUCACAAACCAGGUGCUUACGCUCUUCCUCGAGUCGGCAGGCAUCUCAAAGCUGAGAAUUGGUAUUUUCAUGACCUUGACGUUGAUCGGUGAUACAUUCAUUUCAUACUUUUUGACGUGGUUCUCCGACAAUAUCGGACGCAGAACUGUAAUGGUGAUUGGGUGCCUACUAAUGGGAGCUUCGGGUAUAGUGUUUUCCAUGUUUCUGAACUUUUGGGUGUUAUUGGCGGCAGCCAUAUUGGGUGUGAUAUCCACUUCAGGCGAUGAGACGGGACCUUUCAAGACAGUGGAGGAGGCCAGUUUGUCUCAUCUCACACCUCCAAAGAAUAGGGCUCCGACGUUUGCCAUCUACGGCUUUCUUGGAACUUUGGGUUCGGCUUUGGGCGCAUCCACAUGUGGAUUUUUGGUCGACUACUGGAAUCUUUCCCGUGGCUGGACAUUACAUGAUUGUUAUAGAGGAAUUUUCAUAGGGUACUCGAUUUUGGCUGGCUUGAAGUUGGCAAUUGCACUUCUACUCAGUAAGAAUUGUGAGCUCCUGGAACUCAUUAAGCACGAUGAGCCCACAGAGAUUUUGGCCCCCGAAAUUGCGGACAGAGUCACCAAAACAUUGUCUCAGACCCCAACUAUCGAUGAAGAGACAAAUCUUCUUGGGGGCGAGGUUCUGCAAGACGUGGAGGCUGCUGACGCGCCAGUUGCAGUGAAAUCCUCGGUGUUCGAUGCCCAGACCAAGUUAUAUUUGCCAAGGUUACUUGUUGUGUUCAUGUUGGAUUCGUUUGGCUAUGGAUUCAUGCCUCCAGCAUGGAUUGUAUACUACUUCAAGACUGUGUUUGGAGUUACAGCUUCGGCAUUGGGGACACUCUUUUUCUUCACUAAUUUGAUUGACUCGGGCUCGUCGCUUGCCUCUGCGAUACUCUACUACAAAUUGGGCCCAGUUAGGGCCAUUCUUGCCGCUCAACUUCCUUCGGCCAUUUUCUUUUUGAGCAUUGCAUUCUGUCCUUCGUAUUUCAGUGCAGCUAUUUUGUACUUCUUGUUCUGUGCCACUGGUUCCAUGGAUGUGGUUCCUCGUCAGGUACUUUUGACGUCGAUUAUUCCAAAACAGGACUUGAUCAGAGUCAUGGGCACAGUUAACAUUGCAAAGACCUUUGCUCGGUGCAUCGGACCAGUAUUCACGGGUAAGUUGGCUGAGCAUGGCUACUUGUACGUGGGAUAUCUUGUGAAUGGAGCAUGUUUGAUUCUUGCAGACUCCAUUCUAGGGUUCAGUUUUUUGCAUUUAGAUAGCCAUGUAUUGGCCCUUCACUCUGGUAACUGA